AAACAAACAAAGCAAACAAAGCAAACUUAUUUAACAACAUAUUAUAUAUAUAUAUAUAUAUAUAUAUCUUUAAAUAGGAUAGUUGCGGCAGAUUUAUGUUUCUUCCAAAAGAAGUGACUUUUCUUAAUAGGUAAAUACCAUAUGUAGAUGGCAAGUGUAUAAAAGCAGCAGAAGUAUUCGUAACUUGAUGUUUUGUCAACUCAUGAAUUAGUAACUAAUCAGUAGCAUAUUAAAAGAAUAUAUUUUUGAUGAACUUUUCUUCUUUGUCAAGGAUCACGUUUGCUCAAGCAUUCAGAUUAAAAUAGCAUUUGUCUUUUUCAUUCCAUCAAGGAUCACGUUGAGUAAAUUUCUCUGUUUUAUUACCCAACAAAAGAACAAAAAGGGUUAUUUAAAGUAGAGGUGGAGGACUGGAAGUGGUGAAGGCACGUCAAUAGUGCAAUCGUCUAACAAAAAAGUAAGUGAGUUCGGACAACUGGAGUCUUUGGUCCUCUAUUGGAGAACGUGGACCAGCGAUUUCGUGACACGUAAGUUUCACCGAAGUACCCCACCAAAGAUCUAGUUCAUUUAGGUGCGGAAGUGAUAAAGUCAUGAACCUCUCUCUCAUGUCUCAUAUCAACUUCUUUGGGGACAACUAACUCUGUUGAUACACGCUCCUCACUGACUUCCAAUUUUUAUUCGGUUAGCUAUUAUUUUGAGAAUCCCAUGCUUCGCGUACUUUCAGUGUGCCGGUGUACCCUCGUCGACAUUGAUUUUCUUUUUUUUUUUUUUUAACAAUGAUUUUUUUUUGUUUUGAAUGAAUGCUAAAUUUAUUCACCAAAAAACAUUUUUACAUCAAGUGAGACUUUAUUUGAAGCUAUAAUCUACUCCUACUCCUUUCCUUUACGACCCUUUAUAAUCUACCCUUUCCUUGACAAUGUUUAAGCGGUUAUAAUAAGUUGGGGCGACGAUACAACGCUCAACGUUUAACGUGAUUAGAACAUUAAUUAUGUAUAUAUUUAUACGAUAGGACCGGUUCUGAAUUUAUGGGAUUGUAAACAAUUUUGUAAGAGUUUAAAAAAAUAUAUUGUUUGGAGAUUAUAUGUUCUAUGCGUAUUGAAAUUUAGGACCAAAACUCAUGGUUCAUUGACAUAUAUUGUCCAAGGCCGACUAGCUAACACGAAGACAUGCAUGCAUCUUAGUGGCUUUUUAUUAGUGCAUUCGUUAUAAUCCCAUUUGAACUUAAAUGUGCUAGAUAACAUGUUACAAGUUGUUUUCUUAAUUAUAUAAUAUAAACUUUGUUUAUAUGUUUUUGUUCGAGUGGGCGUAAACUCAGAAGAAUGCGUAAUUCUAUACAAUUUUAGUUUUUUUUUUUUGAGCAAAUACUAUUUUAGUAUAAUAAUUGUAGAUAUAGCAAAAUUAUUAUAACGAGAUGUGUAUUGUGGUAUAUGUCAGAAAAAGUCGAUAAUUUGAAGCAGUUAAUCGUCCAAACUCCAAACUACUUUUGUUAUCAGACUUAUUCACUUUUAGGCAAAAAUAAAGUCGUUUUACAAAAACUUAUAGCGUUUAGAUACCAUCACAUUUUUAACUUUCUACAUAAUGUUUCUUUAUCUAAUUUCGAAUCUGACAUAAUGUUUAUUUAUCUAAUUUCGAAUCUGACAUAAUGUUUCUUUAUCUAAUUCCAAAUCUGACAUAGUGUAUUGUGUUUUGUGUAUAUCUAUAAGUUGUUAAAGAAAGGCAAUUAUAAUUGAUUGUCAUUUUGUAGUUCUAAGCUAAAAUGAAGGAAAAGUUAUAUGUAUAUGAUUAGCUAUUACGUGUGUCAAUUAAGAAUAGUACUUGAUUGGUAGAUUACCACCGAAUAUUCCAUGUUUGAACGUGCAUUACUCGGGUCAACAAAACAAAAAAUAAAACUAAUAACGCACAACCAACAACAAAAGUCAACAGAAAACAAACAUCCGAAAAUCAAUCGACACGUUUAGUUAGUUUGCCGUUCCCACGAUUCGUCGGAGAGAUCUCAUCACUUGUCGGCCCUAACCAAAUGGCCUCAACAGUAAAUUAAAACAACCAGUUUAUUUGUUGAAUAUUUUGUAAAGUUGAAAAGAAGUGUUAAAAAUGAGAGCCGCUGACUUAUCCAUUUUAUCAUUGAUAAGGAUAAUAUGGAAAGUACUCGGUUUCUUACAGAACAUCCCGAGAACUUCUCCAAGUGUCGUAUUGACGGACGUCAUCAAACAGUUUUCUGAUUAUCCAUAUGUCUGAUUUAAAAUAUAAUUAAACUUGUAGUAACGUUAUUAAGUAUUUAAUUUUGAAUGUUAUUUUUAUGACUUUUAAAUUUAUGUUAAACCUUUGUUAUUUAGUUAUAUAAUUUAUAAACGAAUUAAGAUCAUGUGUUAUUCAUUAACAGAUAUUUUAUAUUCACUAAUAUAUUUGAUCUCACAAUAAAUUUGUGUGGAUUUGAAAAAAAAUCUAUUUGUCAAAAUAUAAAACUCAAAUCCAAAAAAAUUCUCCAGUUUAAUAAUUAAUAAUAAAAAAUUACACCCUUUAAUGUUAAUUUAGAGUUACUGAAUCCCAAGUGAGAUAUUUUUUUGUAAAUGGCCUCACGGUUUCAAAAAUUAAUAAAGACAAAGUUGGAAAGAAACGUCCACGUCAGAAAUUAUAAAAAUGCCAACUUUAUUUCUCGUUCACAUUUGGCACUUCGACACAGGUAUAAAUACCGUCGUGUGUCCUCGAGAAUUUACACACGAAAGUUAGUUAGCAAAACCAAGCAGCACACAUGGAGAAACAGAGCAUCACAAACACAAACACAAACACUUCUUCAUCAUCUUCUUGGAUUCGACGUUCUUACAUCGGAAGAGGAUGUUUCGGAACAGUAAGCAAAGCCGUGAGCAAAAUCGACGGUAGAGUGUUCGCCGUGAAGUCGGUAAACCUCGCCGCGUGUCUUCCUUCUCAAUCCGAGUCCCUCGAGAACGAAAUCGCAAUCCUCCGCUCUCUCAAGCCCCACCCUCACAUCGUGACGUUCCUCGGAGACGACGUGUCCAAAGAAGGAACGACGUCGUUUCGGAACCUCCACUUGGAGUAUUUACCCGAAGGUGACGUGGCUAACGGUGGAACCAUCGUUAACGAAACGCUCCUCCGCCGUUACGUUUGGUGCCUCGUCUCCGCUCUCCGUCACGUUCACUCUAACGGAAUCGUUCACUGCGACGUGAAGUCGAAGAACGUCCUCGUCGCUGACGGAGGAAGCUCCGUUAAGCUGGCGGACUUCGGAUCGGCGAUGGCGUUGGAGAAUCCGACGGAUGAGAUCGCGCCGCGUGGCAGUCCGCUCUGGAUGGCUCCGGAGGUUGUUAGGAGAGAGUAUCAAGGACCGGAGAGCGACGUGUGGUCUCUCGGCUGCACGGUCAUCGAGAUGCUCACCGGAAAGCCAGCGUGGGAAGAUAACGGUUUCGAGUCGCUGAGUCGAAUCGGGUUUUCGAACGAGUUGCCGUUUAUUCCGGUGGGAAUCUCCGAGCUCGGCGGUGAUUUCUUGGAGAAAUGCUUGAGACGAGAUCGGAGUCAGAGGUGGAGCUGCGAUCAGCUUCUCGAGCAUCCGUUUCUACGUCAAGGUCAUCACUCGUUUUUCGCCACCGAGUCGUCUCCGCGUUGCGUAUUGGACUGGGUCAGUUCCGAGUUCGAGGAAGAAGAAGAGAGCGUUGUGUCUAGAGAUACGGUUUCCGCGGUGGCAAGGAUAAGUAAAUUAACGACGAGAGGAGGAGCAAUUUGGGAAUCAGAUGGGUGGAUUGAGGUUAGAAGCGACAAUUAUGAAAAGUUAGCGGCAAAAGGGGAAUAUCCGGUUUUGACAAGGGCAGAAUUGCAAUUAAACGUAUCAUCGGUGUCUACUGAUGAUUCUGUUUUACCGUCGGGAAGUGAAGAAUCGGCGUCGGUGAUGACGUGUGAACUAAUGUUGGUGUUGUUAUUGGUGGUAGAGGAUAUUCAAAUAUAUGCCACGUUUUACAUUAAUAUUAUUGUUCGUAUGCUAUAUUGUUGUUGUUGUUAUUAUCAUCAAAGUAAUAAGAAUAAGAAGUUGCGAAAAAAUCUAUCUUUCGUUCUCAGCCUUAACUUUUUUGUUCGUUAUUGCAUGUGAUUCGGAUCGGUCUAUUUGUUUCUUGAAAACUCUUUUACGUGGUGAGAUGAGUGUCCUAACUCUCAGUUGUUACCUCUUUUUGUUGGUAGCUCUCGUUUAUACAACCCACUCUUGGUUUGGUAGCUUCUUUGCCAUGUAUUUUUCUUUAUAAUUAGUAUGAUUAGGCUUAUUAGAUGCAAGUGAAUAGGGGGUCAACAUGAAAUUGUCAGCAUAACCUUAAUUUUGUUGAAAUUGUUAGGUCAAAUAGUCGAUGUUUAAACUCUGAUCAAUGUUAGAAAACAAACAAUAAAUAAGAAAUCAAAGUGGAGAAAUGGAAAAUGACUAUGAUGGAGUGGUGGGCAAUGUUGGCUUACCACACCUCCACAAGUUUUCAAUUCGGAGAAAGGUAUCAACAUGCUAAAAUUUUAAAGAAUAUUUCGCUCUUUUCAUGACUUUCCUUUGAUUUUUCUGUUUGCAAAUUUGUUUGUGUUUAAUGGAUAAUUGAACUUUAAGAUUAUCAUAAUAUGUUUCUUUUCAUUUGGUUAUCCCGCACAAAAAAACAUCUUCUUUGUCACCUAACUACAUACUUUAUGUUCAAUACUUUUAUAGAUUAUGUAUACUUGGCCAACUUAACCAAUACCUAGGUGACUAGAGUAGUUGAGCAACCCUUUUUCUUUUACGAUUUUGGAGCUAUGUAGAUAUCAAAGUAAACAUGUAAAUGUUUUGAGAAAGAUUCGUAGUUGAAGAUCAUCUAAGAAAGAGAGAGAUGAAUAUCGUUGGCUCUUUUUUUUGGGUGAAAUUUCAAAUUUAUUGAUUAUUCAAAGCAUUUACAAAUAAAUGAAAUUUAAAAAGUGGCUAAAAAUUUGCUAUACCAUAUUAAUCAGAAAGAAAAAGAAAAAAAUUGUUUCUAAAAGCCUCUAAUCUCCCUUCAUCUCAAAGCAUCUGCACAUAAGGCUACCCAUUUUAUGGUCGCUAAGUGAUCAAGAGAUCCUGUUUCUGAUUGUUUUGUCCGUAAGCUUGAUCAUAUGUUCCAUCGCUGAGACCUUUUCUGAUUUCUUCUUGCAUUACGCUCUCCCCAUAUGUGAUAGAUUAGCGUUUGGAACAGUAGAUAAAUAAGUACUCGAUCCACUCGAGUGAACCUCCCAUUUUGAAGCAACAGAAGAUUAUCAUUCCAUUAUGGGUUAAUGGCCGAGCCAAUUAACUUGCUUGCAAGCUUAUCCCACCACACUAUAUAAGAGUAAGGACAAGCAAAGAAUAAGUUAUCCCGCGUCUCAUCUUUCUCCCCACAAAGAACAUAGUCCUGGUGAAUGCCCUAUGUCCAAUUUAAGAUGAUAUUGAGGACAAUUUUUUAGGAUAUGCCAAACAAUCAAAGUGUCGAAUAGCUAAUGAGUUUGUAGAUGAAGGGGGUGGUUGAGUGCUCGAAAUAGACGAAGCUGCUAUCAAAUAGACAAAUCUACUCUUUUAAGAUAGUCUUAACGAGAUUAUUCAGUGAAGUAAUUAUGGUUAUGAUCGUUUGCAUGCAGGCUCGGUUAAAUAUUAAAUGGCCUUGUGCUUAUUUGAACUUUUUCUUUAAAACUUUAGGUAUAUUAUUGUAAUUUUCACAACUAAACCCUAAUAUAUAUUUUUGUAACAAAACAAGACCCCUGGUUUAUUUAAGAAAAAAUGAAAAAGACUUAGUGCAAAUGCACAGGCUCUAAGCUGACACUGUUUGCAUGUACCAGCGACAUAUAAUAUGUUGUUUUUUUUUUAUCAAAUAUAAUGUUGUUUAUUUUGUUGUCAUUUCUAGAAAAUUUUAAUUUUUGAUCUUUACCUUUUAAAGAUUUAAAAUUGUAACUUUCGAUUGGUCAAACGGCAGCGACACGUAAACAGUGCUAAUUUCUUAGAGGCUAGUUGUUUUAUGCGAAGCUUUGCAAACAUCCUUAACUCAAACGUAAUGUAUUCCAUGAAACAACAAUAUGAUCACAAAAAUCUUAGAUAUGGCAAAUGGGGAAGUUAAACAAUAUGCCAAACAAUCAAAGUGUCAAAUCAAAGUGUAGAAACUACAUAAUUAUCUUUUAAAAAAAAAACUAAAUUGUUACACAACAAAUCCACAAAA